AUGUUAUUUGCCAUUGAGGAAAUCAACAACAGAAACGAUCUUCUUCCUGGGGUCCAACUGGGUUAUAAACUCUAUGAUUCCUGUGGGUCAGCAGAAAUAACAACAAGAGCCUCUUUGUCCUUAGUUAAUGAAAACAGAAAAAAUGCAUCUUGUUCCAAACCAGAUAUAGUUCAAGCAAUCAUAGGUCAAACAUCCUCCAGCUCUACUGUUGCCAUUGCUACAACUGUGGGACCUUUGAAAAUACCUGUGGUCAGUCACUUUGCAACAUGUGCAUGUCUAAGUGACAAGAAGAAAUACUAUUCUUUCUUCAGAACUGUUCCCAGUGAUUAUUACCAGAGCAGAGCUUUGGCUAAGUUGGUCAGGCAUUUUGGCUGGACAUGGGUAGGGGCUGUAUGCAGUGAUAAUGACUAUGGGAACAAUGGUAUAAAUGAAUUCAUCAUUGCAGCUAAAGAAGAGGGAAUCUGUGUUGAGUAUUCCAAAGCCUUCUUUAGGACAGAUCCCAGAGAGAAAAUACUGAAAGUAGUUGAUAUUAUCAAGGCUUCAACCACCAAAGUUAUUGUAGCUUUUGUCUCAUAUUCUGACCUUGGGGUUCUUCUAAAUGAAAUGGCCUUACAGAAUGUGACUGGGUAUCAGUGGAUUGGAAGUGAGUCCUGGAUCUCUUCUCUAAACCCAGCCAUUGUGCAGUGGCAGCAUCUUUUGAUAGGAUCCAUGGGUUUUGCUAUCCCAAAAGCACAAAUCAAGGGUCUACAGGAAUUUCUCACCAAAUUAAAUCCAAAUUCUGAUGCUAUUUACAAAGAGCUGUGGGAGACAAUAUUUGAAUGUAAGCUUCCCACACAAGAAAACAUUGAGAUGAAAAAAAUAUGCAAAGGUAAUGAAAGUCUCAGUCAAGUUCAAAACAUUUAUACAGAUGUUUCAGAAUUACGAAUUGCAAAUAAUGUUUACAAGGCUGUGUACGCUGUGGCAUAUGCCCUGCAUAACAUAUAUAGCUGUUCAACAAAUAGGCAUGGGCAAGAAGGUUCCUUUGCAUGUGCAAACAUAACAGAUAGCAAACCAUGGCAAGUAGUCACUGAGCUGCAGAAACUCCAUUUCAAUACUACAACUGGAGAGGAAGUAUACUUUGAUGAAAAUGGAGACCCAGCAGCAAGGUAUGAACUGCUGAAUUGGCAACAAGAUAAAGAUGGCAAAAUAGUGUUUGUUAAAGUGGGCUUCUAUGAUGGCUCUUUGCCAGCACAUCUUCAACUGUCAUUUAACAACAUUAGCAUAUACUGGCCCCACAACAAGACACAGGUAAAUGACAACAUCUAUAUGAAAAGAUAA